CUCACCUGACAUUUAGCACUCCCUUCUCUUUCGAUUGUUGAAACUCGUACGUUCUUGGUUCGCUAUCUCGUUGUGCUUUCAUCCAGCGCACUAUCCGAGCCUACCACAGCCAAGGCUGCAGAUAAAAAUUCAGACAUCUCCCAAAAUGUUUCCAGUUACCAAAGCCUCUCACAAUCAAAGUUUACCUGUUUAUCCUAUGGAUGAGUUGUUAAAAGCACGUAGUGAGUUUAGAUAUCGGUGGAGAAGACGAAUGACCGAAAAUCCCUUGGCCAGAUUAAUCAUUACUGAUCAUUACAGAUAUCCGCCUAAUAUAAUCUUGAAAAACUGGGAGAAAUAUCCGUUUGAUGAGACUGGUGAUGAGUCAGACAAGCGUCAGUUCCUUUCAACUAUGAGUGAUAAAAUGAGAAAUAGAAUAAUAAUGUUGAAGUCACAGCCUUAUAUACCUUCUGAAAUUUAUGAUAAUAUGAUAUCUGAGGAAGAUUUUCAGCAUGUUUGUUCACUACUAUCAAAUGAGGUGUGCAUCACAGAGAACUAUUUUCAAUCGAUAAGUCAAAAUCAAUGCAUUUCAGCAUGUUAUUUUAUAUGUGAUAAUUGUGAUUUUCUUGGGACCAAUGAAGACGCAGUGGAACACUUGAAACAAACCGGUCAUUCAACGUGUAGUAAAUACACACCAAUUUAUUAUGUGGAUGAAUCUGGUGCUACUAAACCUUGUGAACUAAAAGAACCACGGGUCAUCUUUUAUUCACCUGAUAGAAUUUAUGGUUGGAGUAUUGGUGAUUCAGUGAUAUGUUGUCCUACGUGCAAAUUGACAUUCCCAGAUAAGUUAAUGUGUGCCUAUCACCAUGAAUUGCAACAUCCUCAAGGUGAACCGCUUUACACCUAUGGAAAGGUUUUGAUUGUAAAAGACCUAAAAAUUCAUCACUCACUAAUAUGCUCAAAUUGUCAAAUUGGAUUUUCUACAAUCGAAGGCUUUACACAACAUUGUAUAGACUCUACACGAUGUGAUUCAUCCUUUUUUUCCUCUUUAUUCCACUGUCAAACGUCGUUACCGAGUUCUCAGUCUGUCAUCAUUUUAUCUGUAUUGUGCAAAUUUUGUGAGCGUAGUUUUUCUACAGUCUUAACACCUGAGGCUUGGUUCACUGCUCAAUCGACCACUGGUAGUAGCAGAAAGCGUAAACAUCCACCACCAGAACAACAACAAGAAGAAGAAGAAUGGAACACUGAGAAUUACUCUAAAACGGAUUAUCAAUCAUCAUCAUCAGUUUCUUGUGGCAAAGACUUUUCUCGUUUCUGUCUAAGUCAUGCUUUUCAGCAUAUUGAUCGAGAAAAUCUUCAAUCUUGUCAUCUAAGCCUACGUGUUAUCGAUAUUUCAAAGUCUGUUGAAUGUCGUCUACCGCCUAUUCAUGGAAUAAGUCAUUCGACGACGACUGUAUUACUUUUUUCUCUAUACGAAUGUAAACGUCUUGUUUUAUAUCUUAAAAAGUAUUAUGGAGGUUCAUUCUAUUUGUUGAAAGAUGCUGAAAAGCAUUUAAAAGAUUUACUUGCACAGGCUGCAUUGAUUCUCUCUCCUUAUUUUCUCUAUAAUAAUAUUUUUUCCUAACUUUUUUGUUUACUACGUUUAAGCAUUUCUGUACAUAUGUAUGUAUAUAUGCGUAUAUUAUAUUAUAUUAUAACAUUUGUAUAUAUUAUAUCUCCAUUAUGGAUAAGAUUUCACUCAUGUAUAUAAAUGAAGGGAAAAAGUCGUGUGUGUGAGUAGUGCCUUGAUAUGAGAUUAUGAGCAGUAUUAAUUUGUGCUCGAAGCGUGUGGUCAUCAGUUAAUAUUACUGUAUUAUAACACUCCACUGUGUGACAGUUUAUCAAAAUAAAACCUUAUCCAUAAUGGAGUUAUACUCUACCACCACAGUGACAGUGCAAACGUUUUAUACUUGUA